AUGCAGAACAGAAUAGAGAAUGCAGAAUCUACACAUCCUCGUGGGAAACAUCCACAGAUAACUGUGGUCGAGCAGCCAUCAGGCUAUAAUUUUGACGAUGAGAUCCAAGCUUUGUAUUCUUCUGUGCCUGAGGUGGCCAAUCACUUUACCAUCACAAACAAAAUUGGAGAAGGUUCAUUCAGUUCUGUUUACCUGGCAAGACUGAAGCACUACCCUGAAAUAACAGAACUGUUUGCCUUGAAACACAUCAUCCCCACCACACACCCGUCCCGCAUAGAGAAUGAGCUCAAGUGUUUGCUCAACAUUGGGUGA